GUUCGGUAUGUUUGUACAUGAAUUUUAGUGCAGUACUUUAUAUUUUUAAGCUGCUCUUUGAGACUUAAGUGGUUUAAAUCGAAUGAUCUACUCGUCUAAACCGCAUUUGUCGUCUGCUCGUCAGACCCCGGAUGCGGAAGUCUAUCCUUUGCCGCUGGUCCAAAACAAAAACAUACAAUUGCUGUCAGAUGCCAUGACAACAGCAGCUUACACUUUGAUCAACUUUUCUUGGGUCAUUUAUGAUCGUGUGGUGCUGUAAUGCAUCCGCGAAAAUCUUUAUCGUACCCACAAUGGGUGAAGUUAGGCAACAUACAAGAGUUUUCUUUUGUAGGAAAAGAUACUGUCGCUGUCGGUUGUGGCUGUCAUAUACUGUUUUAUUCCCUCGACGGCCAUGUGGAAAACGUGUAUAUCGCAAACGGAAAACAAAGAGGUGAUGGAGUUGCUUGCAUUGCAGGUCAUCGCACCGCUCCAAUAUUUGCGUUGGCGGAAAAAUGUCUUAACCCAAGGAUUUUGGUAUUUUCCUACCCAACUGUGGAGGGUCCAGUGUCAACAUUAAGAGGAGGAACACUAGGAACAUAUAUUUCAAUGGCAUUUUCUGAGAUGGAGUAUCUAGUAACUCUCAGUGGAGUGCCACAGUUCUCCUUGAUUGUAUGGUGCUGGAGAACUGGUGUUCAAUUGGCAUGCAAAGAAACAGGUAUUUUCAAUCCACAACAGCAGGUAAGCUGCAGUAUGAGUUCGCCUUCUAUUGUCAGCCACAUAAUAAAAGGUGAAAGCCGUCUACUGCUUUGGGAGAUCAAUAUGUGUGCCAAGCUCUGCUGUUUAACCAGCAAGGAGGUGGAGCUACCUUCUGAUGUAUGUCCAGUUGAUGUAUGCUUCACAAAUGAUGGGGCUCUAUUCUUUGUUGAUGCACAUAAUGAUGUAUACCAGGCAAAUUUAGAGGAUAAUAAGGCACUCAGGCAGACUUGGAAAUUAAAUGAAGGUGAUGGAGUAUUAACUGAAGAAGAGGAGGGCUUUGACACACCUUUGAAUAAGUUAUUUGAUGGAGUGAUUGACCCCUGUAUGACUUUUUGUAAAAGUGGUGUUCUAGUUUUUGAGCCACCAUCAAAGUUGAGAUUCCAUAAACGUUUUGGGGAUUGGUCUCAAGCCUGGACUCUUGAAGUGAUGAGCCCAAUAUUUCGCCUUAUAUAUCUUCCUGAACCUGAUGUUAUUGUGGGAUGGACUCAAAAGAGUGAACUUGUUCUAAUUGAUUAUGGAAAAACACCUAAAGUAUCAAUUUUGAAAUACUAUGGUACUGGCACGAUAGAUAUGGAGCUCAUCUAUCCUGAUGGCAAUACAAUUGCAAGUGUGAAUACUUUUGAUGAAGUUCAAGUCUGGGAUAAGGAAAAUGGUCACUUGAUGGGUGUUUAUGACAUCCGUGAAGCUGCUGUACAGAGCCUCAGACCUUCUUCGGUUUUCAAAAGUUUAAAAUCAAACCCUCGCUACCCUUAUGUUGCCAUUGCUAUGACUGAUGGCUUACUACUGCUGGUCAGUAUUCUUCAUCCAACUGCACCUUCAACACUAAGCAAGUUUUUGUUAUGUGAUGAUGAGAUCUCACUUGUGUGCUUUGCCCCAGCUGGGGAUGUAUUUGUCGCUUUUACAACUCACACUGGGCAGUUUUUCCUCAUUCAGGGUGUUCCUGGUCAAGUUUUACAAGUUGUAGCACAUAUCUCACUAAAUGUCCCUGUGGUGGACUGCAUACUUCUACCUGAUGAACAACCGGUUUUGGCCAUUUUGUUUGCCAGUGAAUCUUGCAAGACCAUAGGCAAUCGUGUAGCCCUGUACACAUUGGAGUCAGAUGGACUUCAUAUGGACUCCGAGUCCCAGCUGGAGCACAGUUACACUAAACUUGUUGUGAACACAGACAGGACAAAUAUCUGCUUUGGAUCCUUGCAUUGCUCUAGAAAUAUUCAUGUACUGGAAGUGAAAAGAAAGGCUGGAGUGAUUUUGAGAGACAUUGAAUUAACUGGACAUCAGCUGCGUUCAGUAUUCAUGUCAGAGAGAGUUGAAUAUGGACUGGUCACUUAUGGAAUGGAUGGUAUAGUGAUAGCUCGGCCUAUGGGCUCAAAGCAACAGUUCUACAUUGUGCUGCCCCAUCAUCGAUCUGAUUUGGGAGUGGCAAAGGCUUUUCAAGAUCCAAAAGGAGAAUUUAUUUUGUCAUUAGGCAAAGAUAAAUCUCUUGUAUGCUCAAAACUAAAACGAACUGCCAACUACACGCCAGGACCCACUGAUCCUAGUCCAGAGAUGGUGGAGAAGUUUGGGGAAGCAACCACAGGUUUCUUCCUUGAAGGAGAUAAUUUGGGCAUAACUUGGCUGCAACACAAGGAAAAGUUGCUGAUAGCAGAAGAGCAAAGACAGUCAGCUAAUGAAAGAACGAAAAUACUUGAAGAUUUUAAAGAGCUUCAAAAAAAGGUGGUCAAGAUGCUGGAUGACAAUGAGCAGUCUGGACCUGAAGAGCGGCUACCCAUCUCUGCAUUUGAUCUUGAUAAAGAUGCCCGUGAAUCGGCAAUGGAAGAAGGCAGGCAAGAGAGGGAGCGCCUAAAAGCUUAUACUAUAGCCAAAAUUGCUGUGCUGAAUAGAAAAAGUGACUUGAUAAAGGAACACUGUUGGGAGCCAAUGCAUGUGAAGCCGACUAGUAUAGAGUCACUACAGUGUAACUACAAGGUAGACAAUUAUGCUCUACCGCCAGAGACUGAGGAAGAUCGACAAGAAUUAGAAAUGGUCAUUGCUGUACGGAAGAUGGAGAUGGUUGCACAAGCCACAGAUUCAUUUCAUCCAUGGGUUUCAAAAACAGACAGUGAGAUGGCAAUGCAGAUGUUGGCUGCUCCUUCCGCUAUAACUCUGAUGGAUGAGGCGGCUCGCUUACAGCAGGCUUUAGCGGAAGAGCAGGAAUCAGGAGCAGGAGACUCAGCGGAGCAUGAUGGAGAGUCUCAGUAUGUCAUGUGUGGGUCAUCAAUCUACCGGUACAUAGAACCAUCUGCAUACCACAUUUCCCAGUUUGAGCUAAACACGUACAUUCAAACAGCACAUUCAAUUGUUCUACUUCAGAAAGACAUAAGGAAUCUACAUGAAUGGUUCAACAGCCAAUUUAAAGUAUUCUUCCAUUCAAAAGAAAAAGAAGUGAGUACAAUCAAGCAGCUCCACGAAGAACUGCGGCAUAUUUUUAAAGAACUUCUACUCACUUGUGCUGUGAAGCACACGGAUUCUGACCCAAUCGACCCAAAAUGGACACAAUAUGAAAAAACAGAAAUGUUGUUAACAGUUGAAGACAGUGAGGUACCAGCUGAUCCCUAUGUUUCACCAAGUGAACUGGUGCUGCGUCAACAGCAAGCUGAAGAAGAAGAGAGAAUGCGGCUGCUGCUACUAGCUGAUAAUUUUAGAGAACUUGCUUUAAUCAAGAUGAUGGACGGUGUUCUUGAAGUUAAGUACGAGGAUGAGUUGAAGAAAGAAAUACCCAAACCUAAAUGCAUGUUGCAAAAAGACCCUGAGGAGUACAACGAAGAUGACUUACGUGAAAUAAAAGAAUAUGAGGGGCUAGUUCAAGCCCGCCUGAAUGAAAGACAACACUAUAGGAAAAUGCUGGAGUCACAAUACAGACGGGUCAAACACACACUGAAAGAGAGCUUGGGGAAAUUUGAAGAAAAAUUGUUGGAUUUCUUCAAUUUAAAAUUAAGGGUUGAAGCUUCCUGCACUCAACAAACAUUACAAAUACUGAGAUCUCGAUUAUUAAAUCCAAAGCGCAAUGUUUUGGUUCAAAAAGAAGAUGCAGCAAGGGAUGCUAUUAUGGCAAAUCAAAAGGCCUUGGCAGAUGAGCAACUGCUAGUUGUACAACUACAGGAGGCUACAACAGACUGCCGUUGUGCUUAUGAAGCACUAAUAUCAAAAGACAAGAGCUUAGAUGGUAAAUUUAAGAAAGAAUUUCCUGAGUUGUCACCUAUGAUGGCAGAAGUUGCAUUUAGACUUUAUAGACGCCGACCUAAGAUUCAACCAAAAUCUCUGGUCUCAUCUACUCUAUUAAAUGAACUGGGUAGAUGUGCUGUGGCUUGCAAGAAACCACCUUACUUGCCACCUGAAUGUUUGGAUGUACUCAAAGGCAUUGAUUUCCUUGAUGGUGCAGCUAAUGCCCCACAAAAUAUGCAACCUGACACUUGGGCAAAUAUCUGUCGCUUAAGGAGGCAGAGAAUAGAAAGUGAAUUCAAGAUAAAGGCUCUUGCUCUUCAAAUAGCAGAGGCAGAAAAUACAGUAGGUAUUUUUCAAAAAAGCACCAAAGCUCUAAAAGAAAAAGACAAAGAGCUGCAAGCCAACUUGCGGGCCAUUCAAGAAGAACAACUCCUGUUUGAACAUGAUGUUGAAGUCCAAAUAACACUGCAGCAAGGUCUUGUGGAGAUACCACUGACGGGCUCCUUGAAGGACUACAACAGUGCUAUCCUCAUUAAUCGCAAGGAAGUUGCACACAUAAACAAAAUAAUUAAAGAGGCUGGCCAUAAAAAAUUGAAGGCUAUGAGAGCAGCUUGCAAUUUCCGACGAGGUAUAGUCUUUCAAGAAUGGGAACAUCAAAAAGUCAGAAUGCACAUUGAGGACAAAGAGGAGGAGCUGAAGGCAAUUGAAUCUGUUAAGGUGAUUAAAGAAUUACAGGAAUGGCUCCACAAGAGACAAAGAGGAACACUACCAGGGAGGGGUGUUCUCACUUUAGAUAAAGAAAUAUCACGCAUUAAGGCAGGCUUUGAGAGGUAUAUUAAGCUGCUUAAUGAAGUGGUGGAAAGGUAUGACAAAGUAAUUCAGAGCAAGAAGACCGCCAACAGAAGGGUUGACAAGGCUAUCACAGAAAUGAAUGUGGAGGUAAACGAGCUUCAAUUUGGAAGAGACUUAGAACAAGAAAAGCUGAGAAAAGAGAGCCACCGGAAGAGGAUGGAGACAAUUAUCACAAGGACCAAACUGGUCAGAUCUGUUCAAGAUAUUCACAUGGACAUCAUAUCUUUAGAAUCUGAGCUGGAUAGUCUACGUAUGAGAACCUAUCCUAUACUGGAAAACGCUAAUAAGAAAUACAGAAGAUAG